AUGGCUACAGACACAUUGUGCGAGUCCGGUCCAGCAAGAAGUGGCGUUGACUGUCUCCUUAUCCAAGGUGGAAUCCAUGAUGUCACAGAAGUCUUAAAGAAGAUUUGGACUGUCUUGAAUGCCAAGGUGGAGGAACAAAGGGACCUGGAGAAAGCACAUUCAGUACAGAAGGAUGCACAGUGGUGCUAUAUUGUAGCUCAGGGCAGGGAGCAAAAAAUCCACCCUACUGCAAAUGCCAUCAUCGAGGCUGCAUAUAAAGCAAAGAGGAGCUCUGUGAAAUAUGAUGAUGACAAUGAAGACUGUGAGAUCGACUUCAAAGCCAUGAAAGUCACCAUGAAACAGUCAAAAAGGACCCACCCUGUGCAGAGGAGAGACAAGAGAGCAGAAGCUGGUGGUGGUGCCUUGCCUACAACCUGGGACCCACAGCCGCUGGACAGGAGUACGAAGAUACCCAAAAUCUGCCACAUUGUUCACCUGAAGUCUGGGUCCCUGGAAUACAGCACAGUGGCAGGGAAAUUCACUAACAGUCUAGAAGGGAAGAAGGCGACCAUAGUGAGCAUUGAGAGGGUCCAGAACCCAACUCUGUGGGCGCAGUACUGUGCACAACGGCAGAAAAUUACACAAAUCAACCCCAGAAGGAAAGUUGAACAAGAACUGUGGCAUGGAACUAAGAAAGAGGUUACUGAUGCAAUAAGCCACAAUGGCUUCAACAGGAGCUUUAGUGGAGGCAAUGUCGGUAUGUAUGGCAAGGGCUCAUACUUCGCCCUGAAGGCUGCUUACUCCACAAAGGACUACUACUCCGCACCAGAUCCUACAACCAAACACAAGAAAAUGUUCCUGUGCAAGGUGACGACAGGAGAAUACACAAAGGGAACUCCGGAUUUGACAAAAGCCCCCAUGAGGACUGAUAAACCUAACCUCCCGUUUGACUCCACAGUGAAUGAUGUUAACAACCCCACUGUAUUUGUGGUCUUUCAUGAUGCACAGGCGUAUCCAGAGUACUUGAUCACAUUCAAGAUGACAUAAACAUAAAGAUUUAUUCUGUAUCAGGCAUUCAGUCUUUAAUUAGGCCACACCAA